AAAAAAGAAAGCAAAGAAAACCACAACAACCGCAGUCACAGAGGCCUGGUCCAGAUCUACUCUGUGGUCCGUCUCGUGUUUUUUGUUCAGAUUACCCCACCGCGACAAGAACCACCGCAGAACGGCACAUUCAGCCUAGAAUUAUUCACGCCCUCCACGCCCACCCGUCGCGAUGGCGAUAUCCAUAGAGGAGCUGGAUGUGACCGUCCGUGCCUUCUAUGAGGGACGGGGCGAUCAGCAAAAAGCUGCCCAGGCCGCCCUGAACCAGUUCAAGGAAGAUCCCGACGCAUGGCUCAUGGUGGACGACAUCCUCGCCAAAGCCACCUACCCCCAGACGAAAUACCUCGCCCUUCAGGUACUCGAUCAUGUCAUUAUGACAAGAUGGAAGGUGCUCCCGCGGGAUCAGUGUCAAGGCAUCCGCAACUUCAUCGUCGCCUUCAUCCUGCAGUGCUCCAGUACCGAGGAGUCGUUACGAUCCCAGCGCACGCUGCUCAACAAGCUGAACCUGGUUCUCAUCUCAGUGCUCAAGCAGGAGUGGCCGCACAACUGGCCGACGUUCAUCAACGAGAUCGUACAAGCCUGCCACUCGAGCCUGUCCGUCUGCGAGAACAACAUGAUCAUUCUCCGCCUCCUGUCCGAGGAGGUCUUCGACUACUCGGCCGAGCAGAUGACAUCGUCCAAGACACGCAACCUGAAGCAGACCAUGUGCAGCGAGUUCUCCCAGAUCUUCCAACUGUGCCAGGAGAUCCUGAACACGGCCACGCAGCCCAGUCUUGUCCAGGCGACACUUGAGACGCUGCUGCGGUUCUGCAACUGGAUUCCGCUGGGAUAUAUCUUCGAAACGAACCUCAUCUCGCUGCUGCGGACGCGCUUUCUGGAGGUGCCCGAGUUCCGGAACGUCACCCUUCAGUGCCUGACGGAGAUCGGAGGACUGCAGACAGGUGGGCCCGGCAGCAAUAGCUACGACGAGCAGCUCGUCAAGAUGUUUACGGAGGUCUUGACCACGAUAUCGAAUAUCAUUCCUAUCCAGAUGGAUCUCAAGUCGACAUAUCCUCAGAGCAACUCUCGAGACCAGCAGUUUGUGCAAAACUUGGCCCUGUUUCUCACCAAUUUCUUCUCUAUGCAUCUGAAUUUGAUUGAGAAUCUCCCGAACCGAGACUACCUCACGCACGGCCACUACUACCUGAUUCGCAUUUCGCAGAUCGAUGAUCGGGAGAUUUUCAAGAUUUGCCUUGACUACUGGCUCAAGCUGGUUCAGGAGCUCUAUGAGGAGAUGCAGUCCCUUCCUAUCGGCGAGAAUUCUCUGCUGGCCAUGGGAAGCAUGCAGGGAGGUGCGCCAAACCCCGCGCUCCUGUCGAACUACCCUCUGCGGAAACACAAGUACCAAGAGAUUCUUACCAACCUUCGAGUCGUCAUGAUUGAGAAGAUGGUCCGACCCGAGGAGGUGCUCAUCGUUGAAAACGACGAAGGAGAGAUUGUCCGAGAGUUCGUCAAGGAGAGCGAUACUGUGCAGCUAUACAAGACCAUCCGAGAGUGUCUCGUCUACCUCACCCAUCUGGACGUCGUCGACACUGAGAAUAUUAUGACGGACAAGCUCGCGAAGCAGGUCGACGGCUCAGAGUGGUCUUGGCAUAAUUGCAACGUCCUUUGCUGGGCUAUCGGAUCCAUUUCUCUGGCUAUGAAUGAAGAGACCGAGAAGCGGUUUCUGGUGACCGUUAUCAAAGAUCUUCUGGGCCUUACAGAGAUGAAGCGUGGCAAGGACAACAAAGCUGUUGUAGCCAGUAACAUCAUGUACAUCGUCGGCCAAUAUCCUCGGUUCCUGAAGGCGCACUGGAAAUUCCUUAAGACGGUUGUGAACAAGUUAUUCGAGUUCAUGCACGAGUCGCACGAAGGUGUCCAGGAUAUGGCAUGCGACACGUUCAUCAAGAUCGCCAAAUCGUGCAAACGCCACUUUGUCGCUCUCCAGCCGAGCGAGCACGAGCCGUUCAUCGAGGAGAUCGUUAGGAAUCUACCCAAGAUCACAAACGAUCUCACUCCUCAGCAAGUUCACACAUUCUACGAGGCUUGCGGUUACAUGGUGGCAGCGCAGGGCAACAAGAGCCAGCAGGAACGGCUCCUGGCAGAACUGAUGCAGCACCCCAACGCCGCAUGGGACGAGAUCAUCAAGCAGGCUACGAUGAACCCGACGAUUUUGCAGGAUGCAGAUACGAUCAAGAUUAUCGGGAACAUUAUGAAGACGAACGUGUCGGCCUGCUCUUCGGUCGGGCCAUACUUUUAUCCGCAGAUUGGCCGCAUCUACCACGACAUGCUGCAGAUGUACAGGGCCACCAGUCAGCUGAUCUCGGAAGCCGUGGCCAGGGAGGGCGAGAUAGCGACCAAGAUGCCCAAGGUCCGAGGUCUGCGGACGAUCAAGAAAGAGAUCCUCAAGCUCAUCGAGACUUAUGUCGAGAAAUCGGAGGACCUUGCCGCCGUGCGGGCGCAGAUGGUCCCACCGCUGCUGGACUCCGUUCUCGUGGACUACAACCGUAACGUCGCCGGUGCGCGCGACGCCGAGGUGCUGCGGGCCAUGACUGCCGUGAUCUCAAAACUCUCGGCUCUGAUGGAGGACCAGGUCCCAAUCAUCAUGGAGAACGUGUUUGAGUGCACGCUGGAAAUGAUCAACAAGGACUUCUCCGAGUUCCCAGAACACAGAGUCGAGUUCUUCAACCUCCUGCGAGCCAUCAACCUGCACUGCUUCCCGGCGCUCCUCAAGCUUGAUAACCGGCAAUUCAAAUUCGUCAUCGAUUCCUGCCUGUGGGCUAGCAAGCACGACAACCGAGACGUGGAAGCCGCCGGCCUCAACAUGUGCCUUGAGCUCAUCGUCAACAUUGCAGAGAAGACGGACGUGUCAACGUCAAAUGCGUUCUUCAACCAGUUCUUCAUACCCAUCCUGCAGGAUGUCUUCUUUGUCCUGACGGAUCAGGAUCACAAGGCCGGCUUCAAGACGCAGUCGAUGCUGCUCAUGCGCAUGAUGUAUUUCGUCGACCCAGCUGAUGCAAAUGAGGCCAAGAUUCAGGGCCCCAUCUAUCAGGCAGACCAGGCCCAGGCGGGUACCUCGAACCGAGAGUUUCUCGGCAAUUUCGUGGGCAGCCUGCUGCAGAAUGCUUUCACCAACCUUCAGCCUGCACAAGUCGUUGUGUUUGUCGAGGGUCUGUUCACGCUCAAUGCACAGGCCGACAAGUUCCGGCUACACCUGCGUGACUUCUUGAUCUCGCUGAAGGAAUUUGCUGGCGACAAUGCGGAGCUCUUCCAGGUGGAGAAGGAGAAGGAGGACGCGGCGAAGCAGCAGGCGGAUCUCGACCGGAGAUCCAAGGUUGGCGGUCUGAUGAAGCCAUCAGAGCUGGAGAAUGAUGACGAUGAGCUGUGACUUAGGGAAGAGUUCCGAAACGAAUAUGCCCCAUCAUCUCACACAGCGACUGGUCUCCAGAAGCCUGGCGGUCAUGACAAGCCCACGCAAGACCUAGACGGCUGGGAUCUCUACGGGCUGUGAGCGUGUUGUGAUGAGAGAUGAGAGUGAUGAUGGGGUGGUGACGGCGCGGCAAAGGGGGAAACGGAGUCGUCUCCACAAGCACAUGAGCGCGUACGCCGACCUACUACAUUUCCCCCCUGCUUCAUUUGUAUGAUACCACAUAGAGAGGAGGGGCACCCGGCGUGAAGUCGCCAGCUGGAGAGCCACUUUCAGAUAAAAGAAAAGGCUAGGCAAACAAAUGCAGCGUGUUGGAGGAGGAUAAAGAAGACAACCUCUUUUUUCCUUUUUCUUCUCUUCGGCCUAGAAGCAACAAUUCGCUUUUCUUUAGUCUACUCAAAAGAUCGGGUGAGGUCCGGAGGCUGCAGGUGGAAAUUACCAAAAAGGAAAGGCCAAGGCAGAGAAGGAGAGAAAGGCACAAGCCGAAGGAGGAGGGGGACGGAGGCCUUUCGUCGCGUUCGUCAUGUCAUGCCCGAGUGCCUACUUGAGUACGCAAUUCAGUCGGUCCACAUGGUCGUCGGUUGUUUGAAAAGAAAUCAUUUGCUGGGAAAGACUGGGGAGAGUCACCAAUACGUAGUUAGCUUAUAGGACCACACUCAACAAUAGACAAAUGACAUAUUCUGAAUG